CCAUAAACAAAUAUAAAACGCACAUAAUAACAGCUCAUAAUACCCUUAUCUCAUUGCGACUUUACGUAAUCAUCGCUUUUUGGAAAAUCCGUAUUUAUUUUCCUGUUUGACAUCUUUUCCAUCGUGACCAUUGCUUUUUGGAAUAUAAUAAUUAAUCAAUUAUAUUUACAAUGGGGAAAACAUCGAAAAAAGAUAUGGGAAAAGCACAGGGUAACCGUACUAGUCGUUCAGUACGCAAACCAAAGUCAAGAUGCAAGACUGAAAAGAAAAUAAGAGGGACUUUCCCGAAGAAAUCAAGGUCCGGAGUAAGCACAAGAGAUGAACUUAGACUAAAAUCGAAACGCUGUUUAUCCACACCAAAAGGCAAAUUAUUUGAGAGAAUUAGGCGCGGGGGUGGGAAAUCCGCGUCAGAGAAAAAAGGGUCAUUCAGAUUGUACGCAAACCCAUAUAGUGGAACGUCGGGACCACAGCCCCACCCAGCUAAUGUUUUACCGGGCGGAGUUAAUCGUCCUUCGACUAGUCUGCCGAAACCAAACUUACCGAAAUAGUUCUUCGGUUUUCGGUUAAGCCGUUACACAAAUUAUUAAUUUAUCCAGAAAGAAGUUUAUUAUGAAUGGGUAAAAGUGAAAAAAACACAUCAUAUUUAUCAGUUACUGAAUUGACUUUCUGCAAAAUAAUUUACAAUACAGGUAUGUCAGACAUUUGUAUAUACACUGUAUGCGUUUAUUACCAUGCACGUACAUAUUGACAUAUUUCAUUUCAUAUAUUUUAUGAGUAUUUAUCGCUGUACAAUGAAUAAGUCGGAAAUAAACUGUAUGUUAUAAGGUCAAUGCAAUGAUUUUGGUUGGUUAUGUGACUGCGUCGGCCACAAUGGAGAUAUUAGUGUGUUUUUUUGUUGUCAGGCAUAAUUCACGGACGUAAUACUGGUAUGAGCUACCUUGGUUCAUUAACGUAUCGUAUUGUAUAACGUUGACACAUGAGUCCUUCAUUUAAUGUCACUCCCGGAAGACGGUAGAUGUGUUAGUGGUGUGUCAUGAAAUCGAACCUGCAAGCCCUGAGUCGAGAGACAAUUGUUCUGUUACUGGACCAAGGAUCCUCCAAAUUGCCGCAUGUGCGUUAGUUGGUUAUGUAUUGGUUCUUUCUAGUGUUUUGGGUUCGAAACAAGACAUACAAACUUACACGGGAAAACAGAAUGCUUUGUUUCGUUCGAGCAAUAAAUAUUGUUGAACAUAGCUCCCCUCAUUGCUCCGGUUUGACUGAUACUUUGUUGAUUUAUAUGGAAACGCUGUCAAUGCCAAACAGCAUUGGACUAAAUAGUAAAAAUAUGAAGUAAAGUUCAACGACAUUGAAGAACCAUUAACAUGUACAUGUGCCAAAAGAUUUGUCAAAAGAUAGACUGCAUGGUAAAAACAGUUUACAUUCUGGAUAAGGAUCCUUCGAACCCAUUAAAUCGAGACUGUUAAUUGACCACACUGGUAAGUGCAGCACUGACCACGCCCGCAAAUGUAUAAAACAGCAGCCUCGGCUUGGUCGAGACUGUUCAUUGUCCUUAAUUGUAAGAACAGUACUGAAACAGCAGCCUCGGUUUGACCGAGACUGGUCAUUGUCCACAAUGGUACUAGUGCGGUUAGUCGCCAUAUAAACCCAGAGCUUUUCAAGUAUAUAUGUUGUUUUGAAGAUCAGUCAGUUGCUAAAGGAAUGUUCUUUAAGGGAGAUUACUUGUUUGCAUUUGAUAUUCGCAGUGCUUAUCACCAUAUCAUGAUUUUUCAUGAACAUAGAACUUUUCUAGGAUUCUGUUGGAACGGAAAAUACUACGUCUAUAACGUGCUUGCUUACGUGAUAUCAACUGCAGGAUUCAUAUUUACUAAAGUACUGAGAGUUCUGAUUACAAAAUGGAGAAGUUUAGACCAUAAAAUUGUUUUAUUUCUUGAUGUCGGUCUAGGUGGUGCAACAACUUACGAGGAUGCGGUUUCUGCAUCAAACUUCUUUCAUAGAGAUCUAGUAAGUUUUGGGUUUUUGAUUGCGGAGGAAAAAUGUCAUUGGGAGCCGUGUCAGUCUAUUACGUGGCUUGGUUACGUUUGGAACACGUUAGAAGGUACGUGUGUUGUAAGCAUUGAGCGUGUUGAGAGCAUUCUGGAUCUUUUGAGUGAUUUGAUUGCAAAAAUCGCAAGUGGCAAGACAACUUUUCCAGUACGUUUAAUCGCACGUCUUAUUGGUCAGUUGAUAUCAAUGCAAAGUGCUGUUGGGCCUCUUGUGCGUCUAAGGUCAAGGUCACUGUAUCAAUGUGUGCUAAGUCGUGCUAGUUAGAACGCUCCUGUCAUGGUGAGUAGUGUUGUUUUUGACGAAAUGUUGUUUUGGCAGUCAAAUAUAAAGAGAUUAAAUUGUGGCAAGUUAGAGCCCGAUAACACGAUCGAGGUGCCUGUUGUAAGCGAUCAAGCAGUCGUCUUUUGUGACGCCAGUGGAGCUGGGUUUGGUGGUUAUGUUAAAGGCAUUGACGACAGCGUCGUGGUAGGUUGUUGGUCUGAAACUGAGAGUGGUUUAAGCUCGACUUGGAGAGAGCUUGAGGCUGUAUAUAGAGUUUUACAUAGCUCAGUUGGCUGCCUGGAAGGGCGUGAGAUCAUUGUUAAUUCAGACAAUAAAAAUGUGCCUAGCAUUUUGAAGGUUGGCAGUAAAAAGCCUUAUUUGCAUGAUAUUGCCUUGAAUGUUGACAAUGUUUGUAACACGCACAAUAUUACACUCGUCCCAAAGUGGGUACCUCGGGAAAACAAUACUGAAGCUGAUUUUCCGAGUAGGUGUACGGAUAGUGAUGACUGGUCUAUUAAGCAAUUUGUUUUUAAUGACUUAGAACGUGUAUGGGGACCGCAUACAUGUGAUCGUUUUGCAUGCAGCUACAAUGCUAAAUGUGCCAAUUUUAAUUCAAAGUACUGGUGUCCGGGUACUACGUCUGUUGACGCUUUCAGUGUACAAUGGUCGGGAGAGAACAAUUGGCUAGUUCCUACACCGAGAUUGAUCAAUGACUGCAUUAUUAAGAUAAAGAAAGAACAGUGUAAAGCAACAUUGUUAGUUCCUAUGUGGAAAUCUGCUCCGUUUUGGCCAAUAUGUUUUCAGAGUGACGGCGAAAAGGCCGGUUUUGUACAUGAUUGUAUUGUUUUUCAGCCUCGUCGUCUCACAAGGCGGGGACGCGGAAGGAACGGGAUUUUUGACGGCAGGCCGCUUAAAUUUGGAUUUGUGGCUUUGAGAUUUAUGUAACUCAUGUAGG